CUUUUUGUUUUACCAUAUCCAAAUCGGAAGUUUACAUCCAACACGCGUUUAUUUAAUUUUUGUAUUCUAGAACCUUACCUAGUCUACAUUCUAGAUCUAGAUAGCAGAUAGAUAGAGCUAGACUCUAGGAGAUGUAAUCUAUAGAUCCAAAUCUAGUCUAUUACAGUUACAUAAGUCAUAGUCAUUAUAGAAGUGUGAUCAGACUUCAUUAGUUGAUUAGUACAAUGGGCAAGUCCUCACGCCACAAAAAGCAAAAUGUUCAUCAUUUUGUUCCAUUUUCUGAGAGAAUAUCAAGUGUAAACAUCGAUGUCAUCCAUCAAAUACGAAGGGUUGAUACUGAGACUGAAGGAACUCUUUUUGGUGAAUCUUUAGACAAGUGGACAGAGUUAGAUUUAACUGAGCAUUUUUUGACGUUUAGAAGGGAAAUAGUCAAUCAAGUUCAAACUUAUGAACAGCUAGUAUAUCAUAAGGAUGAAAUCAUUCAAGCACUGAAGUUACAUUUACAAGUGCCAAACUCUUUGGCUUUGAUUACUUUGUUUGAUUUAGUAGUUCAGUUAGCAAAGGAUCUACAAGAAGACUUUGUGCCUUACUUCUACUCUUUCUUUGAGAUACUUGUAAAUCUUUUGACAUCACACACUCAGGAUGUUGAGGUUCUGGAACACAUUUUUCAAACCCUUGCCUACCUAUUUAGAGUCCUGUGGAGAUUCCUUAUUAAGGAUUUUAAGGAAGUGUUCAGUCAUUUUUCAAAAUUACUUGUAUUGAAACAAAAAGAUUAUAUCAAAGUGUUUGCUGCAGAGAGCUGUGCUUAUUUGCUUAGAAAGGUGAAAAAACUAAAUGAACUACUCAACUUUUUAUUUUGUUCUUUAAAAGAGAACCCACAGCUUGCUGAAGGCAUUGGUUUAUUGCUGUUUGAAAUGGUCAAAGGUGUCAAGCAUAAUUUUCAUACCAUUAGUGAAAAGAUAAUUCCAUUAAUUCUGUCGCAACUUGGACCAUGGAAUAAUAUAAAUAAAAAACAAAACAAAAUUUCAAGAGAACUUAUAGAAAAAUCUGUGACAAUAUUCUUCAAAGAAUGUGCUGAGCACACAACUAGAGAACACUCCAAAGAUGUAUGGAAGAUAUUACUGGAAACAGUGAUAGAAGUGCAUAAUGCCUGCAUGGAAACAUGUUUGCCAGAUGAUUUUAAAGUAUCUUCCUCCUUGUCAAAGCAUUUGUGUAGAUUACUGCGUCUAGUUUCUGUCUGGCUAGAGCACAAAUGUGGAAGCAUUAUAAAUGACCCUGAAUAUGUUGCAAAGACCAUUAGUAUAAUUUUGCAAUCAAGUUAUAGCAAAGUAUUAGGCAAAGAUGUUCUGGCUACAGUAGUCAACUUAUUACUAUCCUGUAAAGAGAGGCUAUCUGUGGAGGCUAUUUCUAGAAUAGUUUCCCUUGUCUUUAAAACUCCAUUUUUUUUUGGUGAUGUACAACAGUGUAUUAGGUCUCUUCUUGAUGUACCCUUUUUUGAAAAGGAUAUUCUUUCUGGCUGCUUGUAUAAAGUUAGCAGCGAAAUGGUCGGUGUGGAUGAAGUUAAGAAAAGUGAACUUCUGACCUUCUUGGCUGAAAUAGUAAUUCACAAGACACAGCUUGUUGUAACAGGUGAAGAUAUCAGCUAUCUUCAGUUGUAUCCACUUGAUCUUAAAUGGACAAAAGGUAGUAAUGAUUUUCCACUGGCCAUGUACAUAGAGGAUAUUAUCGAGCAGUGUCUAAAACAACAAUUUGAGUGUUCUCCUGUCCAGAUAUCAGCAUUGUGGGCUGCUGUUCUAUGUUUGCCUCACUUAAGUUGCAACGCCAGACUUCAAGAUAAAGUUAUUGCAUUGUGGAAGAAAUUAGUGAAUAAUCUUCAAAUUUCUCCCACAUUUCAAAAUGAUUUUAUUAUAGUUUUGAACCAAUUACUUAAAGGUUUCAUUAUCAAUCUACAAUCUGACAAGUCAGUUAAUCUACCUGUUUCAUAUGAUGAAGUAUUCAAAAUUCUCAGAUGUUGUCCAGCUGUUCCAUGUGCUGUCCAGAUUGCAGAUCUGUAUUUAUCUUGGCCGACCAAUUCAAAUAUUUUAAAUGAAGACACAUUUGCUAAAAUUUACAAACUAUUAGAGCCUAACCUAGUCUCUCCUUCUCAUCAGCUUCGUUUGAUAACUUGCCAUAUUCUGUCCUUAUGUCCUGUUGAAUUUCCUGUAAUUGAUGAUGAUUUAACAAGACUAUGUCUGUUCAAGACAAUGUUUAUUGCAGAGAAUCUUCCAUCACCCUCAGUGCAAAAUUAUAGGGAAAAGCUUAUUCAUCUGCGUAAAUUAGAAUUUGAUGUUGCUGUGAAAUGCUUACCAAAAGGAAUAUUUCAAAAAGCACCUCUCCUUUUUCUGUUAGGAAAUGAGUUUUGGAAUUUCAGACUGCUCUGGGAGCCAUUAGCUGAUCUUAUAACCACUCAUGCUCAUGGUCUUGAGGUUAAAGAAUUCUGGGAUGUUAUGCUGCAUCAGUUAAAGAGGGCUGCAGAAGAAUCAGAAAAGGAAUUAACUAUCAAUAUUUCUUAUUUGACAAAUGAAUGUCAAGUUCCUAUUGUGGACCUUUUCAAGAAAUAUAAGAAAGAGUUACUGGCAGAUGACAGAAAGCCUGAUUUUACAAACUAUAGAGUUCAGUUAUGGCAUGCAAUGAAAAAGUUUCCAGAAAAAUGUGUUCUUAGAUCUGAUGAGCUAUGUGAACUCUAUCUUCAGUUUCUAAAAAAAGAAUUUAGCUAUUAUGAUGAAGAUGCUCGAGUUUAUCAAAAUAUUGUGGCCAUUACAAAUGAGUCAACUAAAGAAGUGUCCAGUGUACAAGUUGCUGAAGGCACUUUUGAACUUGACUGCACACAUGUAGAUAAUGAAAAACAGGAUGCAGAACCAGAAACUCAUAGAGUUAAAAGAAGAAAAGCUGCCAUUCAGAGUCUUUUGGUUCAUCUGGAUUUGUUUGCUACAUUCAAAAAACAAAGAUCCUUAUUUAACAAGUCAGAUGUUCAGGAAACAUUUUUAAAUCUGUUAAAACAUAAGCAUUCAGUAGUUCAGAAAGCAGCAUUUGAAUGUGUUAUCACCUACAAAUCACCACAUAUUAUACGUUAUAGAGAAAAUUUCUACCGUCUUCUUGAUGAUAAGACUUUUAAAAGUGAGAUAGUUCUGUUCAGAGUUGAUGAGGAAAGCAGUGAAGUAAAAGAAGAGGACAGAGAUGGUUUUCUUCCAGUACUCAUGAGAAUUCUAUAUGGAAAAAUGCAUGGCAAAACUGGAAAUGAAACUGGUGGUAAAGGUCGAGGUAACAUACGCCGUUCAAUAGUCUUUGGAUUUCUUUGUGGAUGCAAACCAGUGGAGUUAAAAUAUUUCUUGGAAUUGUUGUUCCAGCCUUGCAUGCACUUUGUCACAGACAAUCCUGUUCUGAUGGUUAAAGAAGUCAUGAACAAUCUUGAUUUGACAAAAAUGAUUCCUUUAAAGAAAAUAAAAGGUAUUCUGCAUACAGUAAGCACAGUAACACUGAAGAUAGGUCACAGAAUUAAGGACUUUGCUCAUUCUUUGCUUCACAUUCUGUUGGGUAUAGCGGCUACACUAACAGCUGCAUUAAAACAAAGACAACUAAUAAUACCCAGUGUGGUGAACAUGUUGAAGAAUAUGAGACCCAUUGUCUUAGCAAGACUUAUUCAGUUUUUGGAGAACUUCAAAGAUUUUGACCUAACUUUAGAUGAAAUAGAAGCAAUGUUUCAAGCAGUUGUCUGGCCUCAGUAUGAAAAGCUAAUAUUUGAAGGAGUUCAUCACCCAACACCAUUGUUGAAGCUCUUCCUCUUUUGGAGCAAAUAUAACAGGUUUAUCCCACUUCUUGCCAAGUCAAAUGAGCUUUCCUCAAUUACACCAUUGCAUUCAAUACUUGGCUUACUUAAUGCACCAACACUAAAUCCCACUGUAGCUGCUGCCAUUUUAGAAUUGAUCAAUAAUUUGUUGCUGAGUGAAGAAGAGAGAGAACAGGAACUUUCCCCCUUGCCAGCUCCAUACAUGUAUAUACAAGAUACAGAUAAGAAUACAUUUUGUGAAAAUCUUCUCUUGCCUCAUGUUCCAAGUUUACUUUGUUACCUACAACAGUCUUUAGAGAAAAUGACUUCAUGUUUGGUGGUCAAAAAGCAAGGUGCCCUUAUAGAACUAAAAAUUUUAGCCAGGAUCAGCACAUUUGUGAAAUCUCCUAAAGAAUGUGCCAUUUUAUGCAGCUUGCUGGUGUCCUUUCUGUGUAAAAGCUCACAUAUACAACAGGUUGUUGAAGAGAAUAUUUUGGUUUCUUUAACCAAUAUGAUGCAGUAUGUGAGCAUGUUAGAUUCUUUUUACAGGUCAGUAAGCCAGUUGUUCUCAAGUGUAAAGAGACGAGAAUCUAGAGUUUUGCUUUGUAAACUGUUUCAUGUUAUUUGUAACAGUGAUGACUACUUCAAAAGUAUUUCAUCUCUUAUCGACCAGUUGAAUGCUUGGGACAAAAGAAAAGUUGAAGAACCUGAUUUUAUCCUGAGACUACAAGCAUUUAAUCAACUGAAUACAAAAAUAGCUGAUGAGGAACCUAAUGCUGAUCUUUUGUUACCUGUUAUACACAAUUGCUGCCAUUUUAUUGAUGCUAUUGAUGAUUUGUCUAUAAGAGAUAACUCUACGCAUUGUUUAGUGAAAAUAAUAGCUAAACUGGCUUUUACAAACUCAUCUGAAGUACAGAAAGUCUUUAAUAUUGUUGUGGAGAAAACUUUAGUCCCGCAAGUAAAGCAGGGCAUAAGAAGUAAAUCAGAGGCUGUCCGUCAUGAGUUUCUAACAGUUUUACAGAGUUUGGUCAAGCAUUGCCCAGAUCAUGUGAUGUUUACUGGACUAAAAGAUUUAUGUGAUAAGGAUCCUGAGGCUGACUUUUUUGAGAACAUUCGACAUAUACAGAUCCAUAAAAGAUCAAGAGCAUUAAGACGUUUAUUCAAACACUUGAAGGACCACAGCUUUCGUCCAGAGAUACACAUGUCUUAUUUCAUUCCUCUGGUGUAUGCAUUUGUUUUGGACAGCAGCUACUCAAAGCAUGCCAAUAUUCAGGAUGCAGCUAUUGAUCUUUUGGGAGCCAUUUGUAAACAGUUACCAUGGCAAUACUAUUUGCAGCUGCUAAGAUUCUACCUCAAAUUGUUGCCUCACAAAGUUGAUUUACAGAAACAGUUGAUCAGAAUUAUUGUAACAUUGCUUGAUGCCUUUCAUUUUGACUUGAGUUAUUCUAAAUAUGUUUUGAAGAUGACACCGAAGUUUGUGGACAAAACAUUUAUUGAUGAAAAGGACGCAACUGAGUCCCCAGAAGAAGUCUUAGUUGAGAAUCCUGCUAAUACUGAAAUUGAAAAUGACUCUCUUCCAAUGGAAGUUGAUUUGAAAGAUGUGGGCAUACUGAAAAACGAGAUCUUAGAGGUGAAGAGUGAUGGGAACAUCCUCUGUUCAACCCAGGCUGCCACAAGAAUCCAUAAAACUAUUGUAAUAUCUUUAUUACCUCAGCUACAUAAGAUUAUUACACAAAAGGCUAAAAGAGAUGAUGAACACAAACUGGUCAAAUCAAAAUAUCCUGAAGAUGAAGAAAUCUUGCGUGUUCCUAUUGCACUAGCUAUGAUCAAACUUUUACAAAAUUUACCAAAAGGAACUUUAGAAAAUAGACUACCAGGUAUCAUUUUGAAAAUUUGUAACUUUCUCCGAUGUCGGUCACGAGAUGUGCGAACUACAGCUAGAGAAACUUUAGAAAAAGCUGUCUUGUCCUUGGGAUCUCAUUACUUCCCAUUUAUAAUCAAAGAAAUGAAAAGUAUACUUACAAGAGGAUAUCAGCUACACAUUCUUAGUUUCACAACUCACUACUUACUCAAGAGUCUUGUAAACACAGUGAUCCCUGGUGACCUUGACCCUUCUUUAAAUAUCCUGCAAGACAUAUUCUACUCAGAAAUAUUUGGCCAGGUAGCUGAGGAGAAAGAAGUAGCUGCCAUAAAGGCCAAGUAUUUUGAGGCUAGAUUUAUCAAGGGAUAUGAUGCUUAUGAACUUUUGGCCAAAUGUAUUUCUGCAGGAUGUAUAGAUCAAUUGGUACAUCCAAUAAAAAUGAUUUUGGAAACUACACACAGUCAGCGUACUGCAAAUAAGGUAGAGAUUUUACUGAGGAAAGUAGCUGAUGGCCUGAUGGCUAAUAAAAGCAUUCCCUUGCAGACUAUGAUGGUAUUUAUUCACUCUCUCACUGCAACGCUGGUUAAUGAAACAAAGCCAGAAAUAUUACCAAAAGAAGAUGAAAACAAUGAGAACAACUCAAAAGCGAGAAGACCAGAUAGUUGUCUUCUCCUUUCUCAUCCUUUACUACGUGGAGGUAUGAAGCCAAAAACAAGCAAAAGGACAAACAUUCAUAUUCUGGUUGAAUUUGGUUUACAGUUAUUAAAUGUUUGUCUCAAGAAAUCAAUGCUACUCCCAACUGAGAUUUCUCACCUUCAAAUGUUGGAUCCUCUCCUUCCUGCUGUCAAGGAUGCAUUGUCAGACACACAUGCUAAGACCACAGCCAGUGCCAUGAGGUGUUUUUCUUGGCUCUUGAAUUUUCCACUCCCAUCAUUGAGAUCCAACAUACAACAGGUGGCACAGGGGAUGUUUGCAGUACUUCAGAGUUAUGCUGGUGCUGCUACUGCUAAGGGAGGCAAUCAAGAACUGAUAAGUGUGUGCUUUAAGGCUGUGACAUGUUUGGUACGAGAUGUAGACUACUAUCAGGUGACUAAAGACCAACUUCAGGUGCUACUUACCUAUUGUGAAGAAGACUUGUAUAAUUAUUCUAGGCAAAGCACAGCAUUUAAUUUAAUCAAAGCCAUUUUAUCCAGGAAGUUGGACAUUCCUCAACUUCAUGAAGUCAUGAGAAAAGUAUUUGAAAUGUCCAUCACAGCCAGUGCUGCCAAUGUCAGACUACAGGCUAGACAGGUUAUUCUGCAUUAUUUAAUGAAUUACCCACAUGGGAAAAUGAUGACCAAGCACAUUUACUUUUUCCUUGACCACUUAAACUAUGAUCUGGAAGAAGGAAGAGAGUCAGCACUAGAGAUGAUCAUGUCCAUGUUUUCAGCUUUCCCCAUAAAAACCUUACACAACCACUGGCCUAAGUUCUUUUCUGCACUUUCCAUUACUUCUUACAAUGACAGCUCUUUGAAAUGCAGAAAACUUGCCAUGGUGGUCCUCAAAUAUUUAAUUGGGAAGGUGGAAUUGAAAUGUAGAAAGGCAAUGUUCAUUGAAGUUAUCAAAUGGAUCAAAACCAAAAAUUUGUGUGUCAGAUCUAUGGGUUACCAAGUGUGUGGAAUGUUUGUUGAAGUUGAAGGAGGCAAAUUUGAAUUUCACUUGGAUGAAGUAGUGCCAUUACUUCAGCUUCAUAUGGACCCUAGUCAAUACAAAGAAAAUGAAGAUGACAAGAGUCAGGAAACAGCAAAAAAAGAUAUCUGUCUACUGGCUGUACUGAACACAACAAUGAAAAUAUUUAGAGAACUUGGUAUUAUUAGAAAUGCCAAAUAUACAAAAGAAAUUAACCUGAUUUGGGGUUAUGUUCUCUCACACUUGUCAUACACUCACAUGCAAGUCAGGCUCGCAGCCAAUCAGCUUCUUGGCAUCAUGUUUAGUGCAUGGGAACCAAGAGAAAUUUCUUUGCAACAGUUAUACAAUAAAGAAGACAAUUUGGAGCCUCAAAUUCCUUACAUCUUGGAAGACACACCUGAUAAAGUUCGAAACUUAGGCAUUGCUUUAUGUAACCAGUUGAAAACAUCAAAUUUCGAUGAUACAUUUGGAACUCAGGUAAUAAAAAAUUUGUUGUAUGUUACUCGACUCACAGAAGUUUUGAACCUACCACAAGACCUUAUUUGGUUGGCUAAAAAAGUUACCAGAGAAGCCAAUAUAGAAGUUAUUAAUAAUAUCAAGGUUACACUUAAGAGAAACCAUAUAUUUAAGUGGAUAGCUGCUGUUGCUGUGACACUCAAGCAGGAGUAUGUACAGUGUUUAUUACCUGUAGUACUGCCAGUUUUACUAAGAGAAAUGACUGAACAGUCUAAAGAGCAAGAACUGAAAAGUUUAGCCCUUGAAGUCUGUGAUCUUUUGAAGAAAGCUACAGAAGUUGAGCAGUUUACUGCAGCUUAUGCUCUUUCUUUGAAGCACAGGAUGGAAAAAAAAGAAAAUCGAAAAAGACAAAUAGCUGCGGAGGCUGUGACCUUUCCAGAUGUAGCUGCCAGGAAAAAGAUUAGACAUAAUCUGAAAAAGAAAGAAUCAAAAAAGCGGAAGAUUGUUGAGAAGAGGCCACUUCAGAGAGUGAAAAAGAGUAAGCUGUCCAUUCUCAACAUGCAAGUGGACAGUGACUAAUUAUGAUUAUGAAUAAAUAUAUUUGCACUGUGCUAUACUUUUUUAUGUUGAUUCAAUAAUUUAAAUCCAUUAUAGCUAAUGAAUGAAAUAAUAUGUAAAUUGUCAUGUUUUGUCAGUGAAUUAAAAAAAAUAAAUUAAAAA